AUGGGUUUCCGAUGUAUUGUAACCAGCUGCAGAGCAAGAUAUAAAAAAGAAAGUCCAUUAUCAUUUUAUCAACUCCCAAAGGAUGAAAAAAUGAAGGAACAAUGGUUUUCAAUUUUAACAUUAAAUAAUUUAAAAUUUUCAUCAGUUUCUCGAAUUUGUUCACGACAUUUUACUGAUGAAUCAUUUAUUCCAAGGCAUUUUGGUCGAGGCAGAUCAUUACGAUCCGAUGCUAUACCAACGCUGUUUAUAGGUGAUAAUGUCAAUAAUGAUAACAAAGUUAUUAAAACAACUAAAAAAUUUACUUCGCCAAAUAUUAUUUCUGUACGCAGACAACCAAAUAUUGUUCCUGUGGGUAAACAAACAAGCGACUGUAAUAAGAAUGAAAUACAUUCAGAUAAUACGUCGCCAAUAAUAGAAUCUGAUGAAUUAUUAGAAAAUGAUUCAAGACACGCAGAUGCAUUAAAUGCUAAUACUGUAAUAAUAUCUGAAAUGAAUUUGAAAAAUUGUGACAAUUUACCUCGUAGACGCAGAUAUUUUGAAGGUGAUUUUAGUAUAGAAGAUAUGGAUUCCCCAGAAAAUGCAAGGUUUUAUUUUCAACAAGCUAGAAACCGUAUUUCGGAACUUCAAAAACAAAUCCAGAUAAUGAAGAAAAAAAAUAAGCAAUUAAACGAUAAUAACUUAAAACUACUCAUGAUAAUACAAAAAUUAAAUCCAAAUGAUGAAAACCUGAUAGAUGAAAAAUCAGAAUUAGACAAUCCAAAUUUUAUUGCACUGGUUACGGUAAAGUGCGAUCCUCUAGAAAAUGACAAUGACAAGACUGAAAUAUUUAGAUAUGAAGCUUAUAUUCCAGAUGAAGAUAAAUCGACAGUGUCGAUUAAUGAUAAUGAACAAGAAAAUAUGAACAAAAUAUUUAGAUAUGUCGCUACUAAUAGUAUCGACGCUGACAAAUCACCUUAUAAUGUUGAACAAGAGGCUGAAAAUGUAAUAUAUCGAUAUAUUUUCAGUGAGUCAGAUCAUGAUUAUUGUACAUGA